AGUGUUCUUUUUGUCUCUGUAGAUGGUGUUUUAAGACGAAUACCUUUCGGUUCUCUUUAGGUAAGGUACCUCUUCUUGGAUAUGUCGUGAUGUGACCUAGUGACCCCCGCAGCUAUCGGUACUAUUUAACGCGAUUCUCCAAGGUCGGAGUCCCGCAUAUUAAUGUAGUUUCCAGAGGGGGAUAGAAGCAGGCCAAGUGAAUAAUACUAAAUACAAGCUAUCCUAUUAGGUUAUGAUUUCAACUUAUACACAACACAUUCUAUAUAUACUUUCUCUUCUAUUAUUGACUUAACAACCAUGUCAUCAAGUACUCGAAACGACAAAGACAAGUCCCAAGCGGAUGCGGAGCUCAACGGGGACUAUGACUUGUCACAGGCGAUCGACUCACGGCAGGGGAUGCGGCAGGGACUGACGUCGUACGGGGACGCGCACUUCUCGCUGUUCCUGCGCAAAGUGUUCAUCAAGGCGCUGGGGUAUUCGGAGGACGCACUGUCGCGGCCGAUUGUUGGUAUCGUGAACACCUUCUCCGGGUUCAACCCGUGCCAUGCCAACGUGCCGCAGCUUAUAGAUGCGGUGCGAAGAGGAGUGCAACUUGCGGGGGGGCUGGCGGUGGAUUUCCCGACGAUUAGUUUGCAUGAGUCGUUUGCGGCGCCGACGAGCAUGUACCUUAGGAAUCUGAUGAGUAUGGACACCGAGGAGAUGAUUAGGGCGCAGCCGGUUGAUGCGGUGGUGUUGGUGGGAGGAUGCGAUAAGACGACGCCGGCGCAGCUCAUGGGCGGGAUAUCGGCAAACAAGCCGAUCUUGCAUCUUGUCACGGGGCCGAUGAUGCCGGGUAGCCAUAAGGGAGUCCGGAUCGGGGCGUGUACUGACUGCCGGAAUAACUGGGCGAGCUUUCGGGCUGGUGUUAUUGAUAUCGAGGAGAUUGCGGCGCUGAAUGAAGAGCUUGCGCCGACGGCUGGCACGUGUGGAGUUAUGGGCACGGCGAGUACAAUGGCGUGUAUACUAGUCGGACUCGGCCUCAUGCCAUUUAAAGGGGCAACAGCACCAGCCGUAUCGUCUGCUCGCCUACGAAUUGCGGAAGAGACGGGUGCUACCGCUGUGAAAAUUAUUUCAGCCGGCGAUAAGUUGAAACCGCAGGCUUUACUAACGCGAGAGUCGUUCCUCAACGCCAUUACUGUACUACAAGCCAUUGGUGGCUCUACAAACGCUGUGGUGCACUUAAUGGCUAUUAUUAAUCGGCACCCUGACGUUGCGGGAACAAUCACUCUUGAUACCUUCGACGAGAUCGGACGCCGCACUCCUCUCCUCGUAGACUUGAAACCUAGUGGUUCUUACUACAUGACCGACUUCCACAAUUCAGGAGGCAUGGCUGCGCUGCUACGGGAACUGAGACCACUCCUACACUUAAACGCACUGACGGUCUCCGGGAAGACGCUGGGUGAAGCACUAGACAGUGAGCGCUCAAUAUCGGUGCCGCAAGAACUACGUUGUAUCCAACCCUUCGACACCCCUCUUUAUCCGGCCUCCUCGCUGGUCGUGUUACGCGGUAACCUCGCACCCGGGGGCGCCGUCAUGAAAGCGAGCGCGUCCAAAGACCGCCGGCUCCUAAAGCAUUCUGGGAAAGCCGUAGUAUUUGCCGGGUCCGCGGACCUAGCCGCACGUAUCGAUGAUGAGAAUUUAGAGGUCACGCCCGAGAGCGUGCUAGUGCUACAGAAUAUUGGACCGGUGGGCAACCCAGGUAUGCCGGAGGCCGGGCUAGUACCGAUCCCACGGAAACUAGCAGCGCGCGGAGUCACGGACAUGUUGCGAGUUUCGGAUGGACGGAUGAGCGGUACUGCUGGUGGUACCAUCGUACUACAUGUCUCACCCGAAGCGGCGAACCCGGAGUCUGUGUUGGGGAUCGUGAGGGAUGGCGAUGUGAUUACGUGCGACGUAGAGAAGCGACUUUUGCAAGUUGAAAUUGGCGAUGAGGAAAUUGAGCGUAGGAGGAAGGCUAGGCGCGCGGAGGUGGAGAAGGCUGAUUCAAAACACCCUUGGAAGGCGAGGGAGAAGAUGAGAGGGUAUAGGGGCUUGUAUAUGAGGUCGGUUAAUGAGGCGGAUCAGGGGGCGGAUUUUGACUUUUUACGUGCUGAAGGGUCGGGAUGAUGACAAAUUAUGUAGGAAGGUCUACUAUGCUAUUGUAAGCUGUGUAUCGAUGGUCGUCGUCAGGGGCGCCAUUGAAAGUAGUGCAUUUAUGAAUCGGGUAAAGAUGCCAUAUAACCAGAAUACAACGCCUAUGGUUUCUAAGGGUUCAUUGAUCUUUAACAACUAGAAGAGGUUUUCCAAUUUUC